GUUGAUGGCGACGUUUCAAGAUUGCACAAGGGAUUGAAAACUUGAAAAAUCGACUGUCGCCGUAAUAUCUGGGCCAAAGAAUAGGCCCAAUUCAUUCCAGUUGUGUGUGGGAUCACUUGUAUUUGUGUAUUAGACUUGUUCGUGGUUGAAUAGGCGCAGGAAAUUCUAGUCCAUACGGGAGAAAUCGACGAGAAGUCACGCGGUUUUUGACCGCUUCAGGAGUUUGUUUUGUCAGAAGUGAACAUACCACUCUUGUUUUGAAUCUACGUGAAUAAAGAACAUUAUGGCUGACGGCGUCGGCGGUGAAACAAACGCAGACAGGAAUGUCGAAAUAUGGAAGAUAAAAAAGCUGAUAAAAAGCUUAGAAGCAGCGAGAGGAAACGGCACAAGCAUGAUAUCACUUAUCAUACCUCCAAAAGACCAAAUCUCCAGAGUGGCCAAAAUGUUGGCUGAUGAAUUCGGAACAGCGUCCAACAUCAAGAGUCGAGUAAACCGACUGUCCGUGCUGGGAGCCAUCACAUCUGUACAGCAAAGAUUAAAACUCUAUAGCAAAGUACCCCCAAAUGGAUUAGUGAUAUACUGUGGCACAAUUGUAACGGAAGAAGGCCGAGAGAAGAAGGUCAACAUAGAUUUUGAACCAUUUAGACCCAUCAACACCUCACUGUACCUCUGUGAUAACAAAUUCCACACAGAGGCCCUCACUGCACUCUUAGCAGAUGACAACAAAUUUGGUUUCAUUGUCAUGGAUGGAAAUGGGGCAUUAUUUGGCACACUGUCAGGCAACACAAGAGAAGUUCUUCACAAAUUUACUGUAGAUCUUCCCAAAAAGCAUGGCCGUGGAGGUCAGUCAGCCUUACGUUUCGCUCGAUUGCGAAUGGAAAAACGACACAAUUAUGUACGGAAGGUUGCUGAAGUGGCUGUCACGCUGUUCAUUUCAAACGACAAACCCAAUGUAGCUGGGUUGGUGCUGGCAGGAUCUGCAGACUUCAAAACCGAACUCAGUCAGUCUGACAUGUUUGAUCCUAGACUACAAGGAAAAGUCAUCAAAAUAGUGGACGUCUCUUAUGGAGGAGAGAAUGGUUUCAAUCAGGCCAUAGAGUUAGCUGCAGAUGCCUUAGCAAAUGUAAAGUUCAUCCAGGAAAAAAAAUUAAUAGGGAGAUACUUUGAUGAAAUCUCACAAGACACUGGCAAGUUUUGCUUUGGUGUGGAGGAUACUCUAAGAGCAUUGGAAAUGGGAGCAGUGGAUAUACUUAUUGUGUGGGAAAAUGUAGACAUACAACGAUAUGUUUUAAAGAAUCAUCAAACUGAUGAAGAGAAAGUUCUUCACUUACGACCAGAGCAGGAAAAAGACAAGACUUACUUCGUGGACAAAGAUACUGGGGUUGAGCUGGAGUUAGUGGAACAGAUUCCCCUGUUGGAAUGGUUUGCAAAUAACUACAAAACUUUUGGCGCCACACUGGAAAUUAUCACUGACAGGUCUCAGGAAGGGGCGCAGUUUGUGAAGGGCUUCGGAGGCAUAGGAGGUAUUCUGCGAUACCAGGUUGAUUUCCAGAGUUUAGAGGCACAUCCAGAAGAUUUUGAGGAUUACUUAGACGAUUUGGAUGACUACUGAAGUGACAAACAGACCAACGGGCAUGAAAUACGAUGCAGCAAUGGAAAACAAACUAAUAUUAAAUAGAAUACUGCACGCUAUAUCUGAAUGAAAUCAGAACUCAAAACCUACGAAUCACAAUUUAUUUUAUUUUCCUUUUUUUCUGUGCUUUUGUUUGAUUGCUAGGGUCUGCUUUGCCUGUAAUGAGGCUUUGUGACAUGGAACAUAUGCAUGGAUAUUUACAGAAAAGGUCAGUAUUAAAAGGUUCAACCACAUGUUUUUUAUAGUGUACAAAUGUACCUUAAAGCUGAGGGGCUUCUGUGACAAUUACAACAUUCUGACUAGUCCUGGAAUAAAAUAAUUUUACAAGGCAUGCCACUUUUGUGUAAACCUGUAUGUAAUCGGACAUACUCCUGUGAAGACACUUCCUUGUGUAAAAGCCCAAGUUUAAUGUUAACUCAAGACAAAUAUUCAUCUGUACGUUUAACUAAAACACGCUAAUUGAAAGUGGCAGGAAGUUUUUAAUUUUUUUUUUUUUUUUUUGAGCGACUUCUUGACAUAUCAAAAUUAAAUGGCCAGUCAUUUAAAAGAAAAAGAGCAAUCUGUUGAAAGUGCUAAAUUUGGCGCAAGUGCUGUAUCCCUGAUCAAAACGAGUCUGUUUGAUGUCUUGACUGGCUUCAUGAAUACAGAAUUAAAAAUGCAAACUUUAUCAAAUUCUGGUCUAGUGUGUACUUAUCGAUAGGUAUAAUUCAAGUCUUGCGUACUGAGGAUUGGGUCCUAAAGGUGGGACGAAAAAAUUCUGGAAAACCGUUGUACUAACUACACACCAUUUUUUUCAUUGCUUUCAUUGGCAAUUUAUUCCAACGGAAGUUCUUCUAAAACUUACAGACUUGAAAAUUGGUUCUUGUUGCCCGUUGGUACUGUUGUGUGUAGCGAAAUUGAAGAGUCCACAACUUACAAAUGAAGUUCACACUACAUUACCAAUCUCUACUAUGCAUGCUGGGAGUUAUGAAAUGUAUUUUGAAAAGGCAGAAAUAACGACAAGGAAAAAGAUAUUUUCUAUUUUCCAAACCCCCUCAAAUUUGCCAGGAAAACAUCUGAAUAAUUCCAGGUUUCAGUUACACAAGAUUAAUUAUAUGACGAUGUUUUUACGAAAUAAAUUUCAAAAUAUCAGCCUUCCAACAGAUGCAGCUAGUUCAUGGUUUAGGUUCGAACAGUAAAGCUUUUGAUAAUGCUCGCAAUAGUUCAUCCAGUGUGGACAAAACUUGACGGGUCUCUAAAAAAAAUACCUAAUAGUCUUGACCGUAAAAUAAUCUGUUCUACAACAAUGCUUUAAAUCAAAAUAGACGUUAGCUUAUUACGAAUUUGCAAAUCCAUGUUGAAAGUUUUGCAUAUGUUUAGUUUACUAGGUACAGAUCAACAUGGACAAAGGUCUAAGAAAUAAAGUAAGACUUAUACUUUGAAGUUGCUUGCUUUCUGUGGCUGCGAUAUUUUCCGACAGAAUUUCAGUGCUGUAGCGAAAAUCUCGUAUGGUAUUUCCAACGCAUGAUUAUGAAAUGCAACUCCCUUUUAUUAAAUCUGAUAUUCAGAUUUUCCGCAUUCAAGUUUGCUGAUGUAUAAUUGGUCUGAUCUGACGAGGUGUUGGUUUUUUUU